AUGGCCAAUAUUGAAACCCCGUCCUGGGGUAAGGAUGGUCUCUACGGACUGACGUCAAAAUGGCCAGUGGCCCUUGACCUGGCCGGUUCCAACAACCCAUGUCGGCUGGAGGGGGAGGUUGCCGAUCUUGUUGUCCUGGGCAGCAUUCCAACGGGAAUCUCCGGGACCUUCUACCGGGUGAUGGUUGACCCAUUCGUGCCGCCAGACGAGCGCAAUGUCCCCAUUGACGGAGAUGGGAGCAUCUCUGCGUUCCGCUUCCACGAGGGCCGAGUCGACAUGCGAAUGCGGUACAUCGAGACGGAGCGGUAUAAGCUCGAGCGGAAGGCUGGAAGGGCCUUGUUUGGACUCUAUCGCAACCCAUACACGCAUCACCCGUGUGUACGCGCGGCAGUGGACUCAACUGCUAAUACCAACCUUGUCUACUGGGCCGGUCGGCUGUUAGCCCUGAAGGAAGUCGCUCUUCCUUAUUCGGUAGACCCGGACACUCUUGAAACACUGGAAUAUGACCCUUUCAAGGGCCAGGUAAAUGCAAAGACAUUCACAGCUCACCCGAAGGUUGACCCGGUGACAAAUGAGUUGGUUGUUUUUGGCUACGAGGCAAAGGGGCUAGGGACACUGGACAUAGUUACCUAUUCACUCGAUGCAGUGGGUCAAAAAACUGGGGAGUUCUGGCUAAAGUCUCCCUGGUGCGCCUUUAUCCAUGAUUGUGUGAUCACCACCAAUUUUGUUGUUCUUUUCCUCUGGCCUUUCGAGGCUUCAGUGGAGAGAAUGAAACAGGGAAAGCAGCACUGGGCAUGGAACUAUGAGCGGCCCGCGACAUUUAUUGUUGUCCCUCGCCGAGAUGGUGCCGGCGCCCAAUAUGGCUGGACACCAGGAGAGCAUCGGGUGUAUUCCUGGAGAAAUUGCAUGCCAAUCCACACCGCGGGGGCCUGGGAAAGCAAUGAUGGCAAGAUCUAUGCAGAAAGCACCCGAGUGCACGACAACGCGUUUCCAUUCUUCCCGCCAGAGGAUGGUCGGAUGCCAGAUCCAGAGACCAAGGGUGACUUCGUCCGGUGGGAGUUCGAUCUCCGCAAGCCGAGCGGUAGCAUGGUGCCGGACCCUAUUGUGCUACUCGAUGUGCCUUCGGAAUUUCCAAGGAUUGAUGAACGCUUUAUGGGCCGUCCGUACAACUUCGUCUUUCUCAACGUGUUCAUUCCAAAAAGCAGCGAUGGGAAAAAGAAUAUCUUCCAAGGUCUCAAUGGGCUGGCCAUGCUGAACAAGACGACAGGGGUGCCUCAAUACUUCUAUGCUGGCGAUGACUCCCUCUGCCAGGAACCUAUCUUCAUUCCCCGGUCGGAGUCAGAAGGUGAUGGGUGGGUAAUGACCUUGGUUGAGAGGAAGGCAUCAAAUCGUUGUGACAUUGCGGUUAUUGAUACCAAGAGCUUUAGCACCCCAGUGGCUAUUGUCCAGCUUCCGUUCCAUGUUAAAGCGCAGAUCCAUGGGAAUUGGGUCGAUGCUACUCGUCGCGAGCCUGGUCGAAGCCUUGCCAGACAGUAUGGAGAGCAGAUAAUCAGCGGCAAAGGGUCACUGGAGCCCCUGUAA